AUGAAUCCACGGUUUCCUAGUCUGCGGCAGUACUACAUAGCCAUCUGGUACAAAAAAGUCUCACAGCCAACCUCCGUCUGGGUAGCCAACAGAGAAACCCCUGUCUCAGACCCCACCAAAUCCGAGCUCAAGCUCUCUGAAGAUGGAAACUUGGUACUCCUCAACGAGUCCAAAGCCCAAAUUUGGUCCACUAGUGCCAGCAUCUCCACCAAUUCCACAGUAGCGGUUCUCCAAGACACUGGAAACCUUGUGCUGGCAGAGGGCUCCAACUCCUCCAGGAUCUUGUGGCAGAGCUUCGACCACCCCACCAAUACGUGGCUUCCCGGAGGCAAGCUCGGCCUGAACAAGGUGACCAAACAGAACCAGCGCCUCAUCUCCUGGAAGAGCUCAGCUGACCCAGCUCCUGGGAUCUUCUCCCUUGAGCUCGACCCCAAUGGAAGCAGCCAGUACUUCAUUCAAUGGAAUAAGUCUGUCUCGUACUGGACCAGUGGGACUUGGAAUGGACGCAUCUUUAGUGGAGUGCCGGAGAUGAACGAGAAUUAUUUAAACUACGACUUCACUUACGUUAACAAUACAGACGAGAGCUACUUCACUUAUUAUUCUGUUAAAUCUGAUUCGGUCAUCUCGAGGUUUAUAAUGGAUCUGUCGGGGCAGAUCAAGCAGUUGACGUGGAUGGAAAAUUCCCAGGAGUGGAUACUGUUCUGGUCCCAGCCAAGAGCGCAGUGCGAAGUGCAUUCUCUGUGCGGGCCGUUCGGGAGCUGCAACGAGAACGGCCUUCCAUUCUGCAGAUGCGUCAAGGGUUUUGCGGCGCGGAACGAGACCGAAUGGGAUUUGGAGGAUCGAACAGGGGGUUGCGUGAGGAACACUCCAUUGCAGUGUAGUAGCAACAGCUCCGUGCAUGUCGAGAAAGAUAAGUUUUAUGAGAUGGAGAGUAUGAGGUGGCCAUUGAAUCCUCAGAAUGUAGAUGUUGGAAGUCUUGAAGAUUGUGAAUCAGCCUGUUUGAACAAUUGCUCUUGUACCGCUUACUCAUUUGGUGGUGGAUGUUCCGUGUGGUACAGGGAUUUGAUCAAUCUACAGGGGCAAUACAAUGGACCGAAGGGAGGAACCCUUUACCUUCGGCUGGCUGCUUCGGAGCUGCCGGAUCCCACAAGCAAGAAGCGAACGGUAUCCGGGGACGUCGCCGGUGUGGUUGCAGGCUUGUUUGUUUGCGUGGUUAUCGUAUGGGUGGGGAUCUGGAGGCGCCGGAAGAGGCGGAUGAUUCGAGCAGCGAAAGCAGUGGGGAGAACUCUGGUGCCAUUCAGAUACAGCGACCUGCAGCAUUUCACCAAGAACUUCUCGGAGAAAUUGGGAGGAGGAGGUUUUGGCUCGGUGUUCAAGGGAUUCUUGCCGGAUUCGACCGCCAUAGCUGUAAAGAAGCUUGAAGGCCUUUGCCUGCACGGAGAGAAGCAGUUCCGGGCCGAGGUAAGCACGAUUGGAACGGUGCAGCAUAUCAACCUGGUUCACCUUCUUGGGUUUUGCUCCGAAGGCACCAGAAGGUUGCUGGUUUAUGAGUUCAUGCCAAAGGGUUCUCUGGAUGCUCAGCUCUUCCACAACAAUUCCAUGGUCUUGGACUGGAAUAAAAGGUACCAAAUUGCUCUUGGAAUUGCUAGAGGAUUAGCUUAUCUCCACGAGAAGUGCAGGGACUGCAUCAUACACUGUGAUAUAAAGCCAGAGAACAUACUACUCGAUGCAGCCUUUGUUCCAAAAGUAGCAGACUUCGGUCUGGCCAAGCUUUUAGGCCGGGAUUUCAGCCGUGUACUGACUACGACGAGAGGAACAAUAGGCUAUCUUGCACCUGAAUGGAUAACUGGCGUAGCCAUCACUGCUAAAGCUGAUGUGUACAGCUACGGGAUGAUGCUUUUCGAAAUUAUAUCUGGCAGGAGAAACUUGGAGCAGACAGAGGAAGGGAAAGCUACAUAUUUUCCUACAUUAGCUGCGAACAGACUCAUGCAAGGGGAUGUCCAAGGCCUGGUGGAUCAUAGACUUGGGGAUGAUGUGAAUAUUGAAGAGCUCGAAACAGCUUGUAAAAUUGCUUGUUGGUGCGUUCAGGAUGAUGAAAGUUCCAGGCCAACGAUGGGACAUGUUGUUCAAAUUUUAGAGGGCUUUCACGAAAUUAACGUGCCUCCUAUUCCAAGAUCACUUCAAAUUCUUGUGGAAGGCCUGGAGAACAUAAAUUUCUCCUCAGACAUGCCGAUUACCACCUCUACCGUUUCUCAAGUUAGAAGCGCAGCACCAAGGAGUUCUAGUGUAUGAAGAUGCCCAAGGCUUUUCAAGCGUCCGCAUAACAUUUUGAGUGAGCCCGCUUUGUAUCUUUCCGGUAGCAUGGCAAAGUGGUAGCUUCAUGCCAAGUCCAUGGCGUGUUGAAUUAUUAUAGCAAUCAUACCAUGCAAAUCCUCUGCUAUGCACCGUAUUGAGCGGUGCACCAUGCGCACCAUCCAUCAUAUGAUGGACAGCCAUGCACGGCCGCAUGCGAUAGGCAUGCAACAGCGCACGGCUGUCCAUCACAUGAUGAAUGGUAUGCUACGCACUGCAUCCGAACUCAUUACUAUACUAAUAAUGGCCAAGUUGUCAUGCACUCCGAUGCAAAGUUCGACACCCUUCAUGUCCUCAUGUAAUUGAGUGAAGAAUAACGUAAAUCCUCGUAUUUUCUAGAUAAUGUAAGUGAGAGUGUUGCACAUUUUAAAUUACGUAGCUUGGCACA